AUGAGCUGGGAGAGGAGCGGGUACGGAGCCGGGGCAGGAACCGGGGAGGAGCCGGGGCAGAACGGACGAGGAACUGGGGCAGGAAUGGGUGCCCAGCCGGGAGAGGGACAGGCGUGGAACCGGGGCAGAAACGGGCGUGGAGUGGGGCAGAACGGGCGAGGAGGAGCCGGGGCAGAAUGGGUCCCCAGCCGGGGCAGAACGGGCGAGGAGGAGCCGGGGCAGAACGGGCGAGGAGGAGCCGGGGCAGGGACGGGCGAGGAGCCGGGGCAGAACGGACGAGGAACUGGGGCAGGAAUGGGUGCCCAGCUGGGAGAGGGACAGGCGUGGAACCGGGGCAGGAACGGGCGUGGAGUGGGGCAGAACGGGCGAGGAGGAGCCGGGGCAGAAUGGGUCCCCAGCCGGGGCAGAACGGGCGAGGAGGAGCCGGGGCAGAACGGGCGAGGAGGAGCCGGGGCAGGGACGGGCGAGGAGCCGGGGCAGAACGGACGAGGAACUGGGGCAGGAAUGGGUGCCCAGCUGGGAGAGGGACAGGCGUGGAACCGGGGCAGGAACGGGCGUGGAGUGGGGCAGAACUGGCGAGGAGGAGCCGGGGCAGAAUGGGUCCCCAGCCGGGGCAGAACGGGCGCGGAGCCGAGAGAGGGACGGGCCCCCAGCCCAGAGAGGGACGGGCCAGGAGCCGGGGCAGGGACGGGCCCCCAGCCGGGGCAGAACGGACGAUGA